UUUCCUUCUUCACCAGCGCUCUCUUCACUUUCUCAGCAAUGAUAAAUCUUGUUCAAAACCCUAACGGACAACGUCAUCCUGUCAACGGCACCGUUUCAAGAAAUAGGGCCUGGUGCGCGACUGGCACUGCAGUCUCUCUUUCAAUAUUACGGGUAAUACAUUUCUGACAAUCGAGUUCUGGUCCUAUCGUUUCACAAUUACUAUAGUGAGUGGUUCUCUGUCACUGUUUGGCUAAAUGGGAAAACCUAAAGAAAAAAUCUUGAGUUUUUGCUUUCUUAUGUGUUUGAUUUUCAAGGCAAAGUAGGCCGAAGUUCGUGAAAUAUUUUUUUUAGCCAGCUAUUCACUUGGCAUCUGAAUGAUUCUGUUUAAAUUGGUUAUUUUUGUGGCUUUUUAGGACAAUAGAAGCUUGAAGCAGGCAAAGAAAAGGUUACUUUGAUUCUUGAAUCAAUUGGCUUAUGGGUUUUGAUGUAACAAUCAAUUAGCUUCUUGUAAUUAUUGGGAUGAAACCAGCUUUGCUCCCUAAAAAUGUAGCUGCUGUCCUCAAAUACCAAAAGGAACCAUUAAAAGCACUUGAAAUCUUCAAUUCUGUGAAGAAAGAAGAUGGAUUCAAGCACACAUUGUUAACUUAUAAGUGCAUCAUUGAAAAGCUUGGCUUUCAUGGUCAGUUCGAGGCAAUGGAGAGUGUACUUAUGGACAUGAGGAUUAAUAUUGAUAAUAGUUUGUUGGAAGGGGUGUACAUCUUAGCCAUGAGAAACUAUGGGAGGAAAGGGAAGGUUCAAGAAGCUGUUGAUGUAUUUGAGAGAAUGGACUUUUACAGCUGUGAGCCAUCAGUUUUAUCAUAUAAUGCAAUCAUGAAUAUAUUGGUUGAGCAUGGGUAUUUCAAUCAAGCUCAUAAAGUGUAUUUGAGAAUGAAAGAUAAAGGAAUUGUUCCUGAUGUUUACACAUUCACAAUUAGGAUAAAGUCGUUUUGUAGGACAAAAAGGCCUCAUGCGGCUUUAAGACUUCUUAGCAACAUGCCUUCUCAUGGGUGUGAGCUUAACGCAGUUGCAUAUUGUACGGUGAUUGGUGGGUUUUAUGAAGAGAACUAUCAAGUUGAGGCAUAUGAAUUGUUUCAUACGAUGCUUGGUUUAGGUAUUUUUCCAGAUACUGCCACAUUUAACAAGCUUAUUCAUAUUCUUUGCAAGAAGGGACAUGUCCAAGAAAGUGAGAAACUGCUCAACAAGGUUCUGAAGAAGGGAGGAUCUCCUAAUUUGUUUACAUUUAAUAUCUUCAUCCAAGGGUUUUGCAGAAAAGGGGCACUUGAUCAGGCUGUCAAAUUGUUGGAUAGUGUGACUAGAGAAGGCCUAACUCCUGAUGUUGUCACAUACAACACAUUAAUCUGUGGAUUGUGCAAGAACUCCAAGGUUGUGGAAGCUGAGAACUAUCUGCAUAAAAUGGUGAACAAAGGCUUACAGCCUGAUUGCUUCACUUACAAUACUAUAAUUGAUGGAUUUUGCAAAAUGGGUAUGGUACAAGAUGCUGAUAAGAUUCUCAAUGAUGCAAUUUUCAAGGGAUUUGUGCCUGAUGAGUUCACAUAUUGUGCUCUAAUUAAUGGAUUAUGCCAGCACGGUGACAUAGAGCGUGCCCUAGCUCUUUUUGAUGAGGCAUUGGGGAAAGGAUUAAAGCCUAGCAUUGUUCUAUAUAACACACUAAUCAAAGGAUUGUCUCAGCAUGGACUUGUUUUAGAAGCAUUGCAGCUGAUGAAUAACAUGCCAAAGAAAGGUAGUAACCCUGACAUAUGGACUUUCAAUUUGGUCAUAAAUGGUUUGUGCAAGAUGGGAUGUAUGUCUGAUGCCAACAACCUGAUGAAUGGCGCUAUUGCCAAAGGAUACAUUCCAGACAUUUUUACUUUCAAUACACUGAUCGAUGGUUACUGUAAACAACGGAAAAUGGAAAAUGCAAUUGAGAUUCUAAAUAGCAUGUGGAGUCAUGGUGUCACCCCUGAUAUAAUCACAUAUAACUCUGUAUUGAAUGGCCUCUGCAAGGCUGCAAAACCUGAAGAUGUAAUGGAAACCUUCAAGCUGAUGAUGGAGAAGAGGUGUGUUCCUAACUUAAUCACUUAUAAUAUACUCAUAGAGAGCCUAUGUAAAGCUCGGAAGGUGAAUGAUGCUCUAGACUUGGUGGAAGAAAUAAGAAAUAAGGGACUGACUCCAGAUACUGUUAGUUUUGGCACAGUGAUGAGUGGUUUAUGCAAUAAUGGGGAUUUGGAAGGAGCCUACCGGGUCUUUAGAAGAAUGGAACAACAAUACAAGGUUUGUUACUCUGUAGCCACCUACAAUAUCAUGAUUAAUGCCUUCUCUGAACAGCUAGAUAUGCAUAUGGCGGAAAAGCUUUUUCAUGAGAUGGGAUAUAAAGGCUGUGCCCCAGACAGCUAUACUUAUCGUAUCAUGAUUGAUGGCUUCUGCAAAACAGGAGAUGUCGAUUCUGGAUAUAAUUUUCUAUUGGAAGAGAUUAAAAAAGGGUUCGUUCCGUCACUGACAACAUUUGGACGAGUAAUAAACUGUCUCAGCAUUCAGCAUAGAGUUCAUGAAGCAGUUGGUAUCAUCCAUCUGAUGGUGGAACAUGGAAUUGUCCCUGAGGUUGUGGAUACUAUCUUUGAGGCUGAUAAAAAGGUGGUUGCAGCACCUAAGAUUAUCUUGGAAGACUUGUUGAAGAAAAGUCAUAUAACUUAUUAUGCUUACGAACUUCUUUAUGAUGGUAUUAGAGAUAAGAAGCUUCAACAUAAAAAGGCUGCCAAGAAGAUGUUAGCUUGAUUGGUGAAUCAUAUUCUUAAUCUGUAAGUGGAAUCUUGUACAUUAGUUUGUGAGGAAAGUCAAAGAUUAAACAAACUAGUUAGCAGGUCCAGCGGUAGCUGAAGUAAUUUGCUGCUUAAAGCAAUGGAUUGAGCUUGGUUGAUGAAACAGUUAACCUGCCAAAUGUCUUAUUGUUUAUGAGUUGUUUACUAGAUACGUUGUACUAUGUGAGCCACUUUAUAAAAUCAGUGACUGGACAAGAUGGUUGCACUAUGAAGAUGGUCUUUGAUAUUGCAAUGCAGUAUAUCAGUUUAUACAAUUGGCAACCUUCAGCUUUAUGGCUGGGCAAUUUAUUGCCAUGGCAUCAUAGGCCCUCAGCAUGUACUAGGAGAUUUUACCAGGUAGUUUUGUCAUGGCUCUAGGCAAAUUAUGUUUAAGCUCAACUAUGUCUGGAACUGGCAGCUCUUUCAUAUUAUAUCAGGGUUUAUGGGACUUGUUGCUGGAUUAUCCUUCUGGAGGUUCAAAUGUUCAAGUUACCAGCACACCUGUCACAAGAGAGUUAACCAGCACACUGAUUAUCUCAAAAAAAAAAAAAAAAAAAAAAAAAAAAAAAAAAAAAAA